AAUCUCAAAUACGUAUAUCAGAUUAGCUUUUAUUGCAAGAACUAUGCCCCUCGAAAGUACAAGGGAAAUAAUUUUAUUUGUUUAACAAAAAUUAUAUAUUGCUUGAUUGUAAUAAAAUAUCUAAGUGAUUUAUAAGCCCACCUUAUUGGACUGUUUUAAAGAUUACUGUACAAAUAUAAUGCAUACAAAAUGCUUUGCAGCUCUGACAAGUUCUUUAUAAAUACUAGGUGUUAUUUAUUCUAAACAGUAAUUUUGAACACAGGUAUUAGAAAUGCAGGUGCACUGUUUUGUUGAAAGGUUCUGAGAAACACACUUUAAUGUGACUCAUUAGCAUGACUGCACUUGUGGCCAACCAACAUGCUUAAGUCUCUAAUUAAUGCAUGAAGGGGUUAAUACCAUAGAGUAUGCUGUCCUGACAGGCUUAAACUAUCUACCUCCCCUCACCUUGGGAGGAACUACAUACAGGGGAUUCCAAACUAAGGCCCGUGGGCUGGAUGUGGCCCAAUCGCCUUCUAAAUCCGGCCCGCGGACGGUCUGGGAAUCAGCAUCUUUUUACAUGAGUAGAAUGUGUCCUAUUAUUUAAAAUGCAUCUCUGGGUUAUUUGUGGGGCAUAGGAAUUCGUUCAUAUUUUUUUUCAAAAUAUAGUCCGGCCCCCCACAAGGUCUGAGGGAAAGUGGACUGGCCCCCUGCUGGAAAAGUUUGCUGACCCCUGAAUCAAGUUUUUGUUCUCCAGUUUACUUGAGAAGCUCAGCAUGUGAAGAGGUUUGAGUUGGUUGCUAGCUCAACUGCAUGGCUCUCAGCAUCCAUUCUUGAGUUCCUAUACCAAUAAUUUAGGACCUUUCACAGCUUUGUAACUAAGAUGAAUAUUACUGCCUGAGCAACCUUUUAUGAAACACCUGAACCUGACCUUUGAAGACUGUGUAAGUAAACAAUUUUUUGAACUUCCCAAAUGUGUGGUCUUUUCACUAUGCUAGGGGAAGAGGGAAACUUUGGGAAAGGUAAUACUAUUUCGAGUUCAGACUGAAAGGGUUAAAUUAUAUCUUCACUGCUUCCAAGAGGUGAGAAUUUUUCUGUUAACUUCAGUGCCUCAUUUCUGCAAUUUGUGUGGCUGUAGGUUGCUAGGUUGUUUUAUCUGGAUUCUUUGGUGUGAUGUCACAGAUGGAAGUUCCACCCAUUGCUCAGAAUUCCUCUGCUGCCCCCCCCCCACUACUUACUAGGUGAGUGAGGAGGUUCAGUAGCCUGGCUGCUGCUAAUAUUGAAGAAAUUUUUGCUGAAAGGGGGAAAAAGAGGUUGUAAAGAUGGCAACGGAUGAACCUGAAGGCAGCGUUGAAGAGUGUAAAGACAAGAGGGCAAGGCCCAAGUGGGAUAGUAAAUUCCAGUACCUUUUAAGCUGUGCUGGAUUUGUUGUGGGUCUUGGAAAUGUGUGGCGUUUUCCAUACUUGUGCCAAACCUAUGGAGGAGGAGCAUUCCUGAUUCCAUACCUCAUCGCGUUUUUCUUGGAAGGCACCCCUAUAUUUUUUCUUGAAUUAGCUAUAGGGCAACGCAUGAAAAAAGGCAGCAUUCAACUCUGGUGGCACAUCUCACCUUAUCUGGGAGGACUGGGUUACACUUCUCUGAUAGUGUGCUUCCUAGUGAUUCUCUAUUACAAUAUGCUUUUGGCCUGGAUUUUGUGGUAUUUUAUAAACUCUUUCCGAAACCCGUUACCUUGGAGUUCCUGCCCAACAGAUACCAGCAAACCAGAACUUAUUGAAGAAUGUCACAAAAGCACACCUACCAAUUAUUUCUGGUAUAGGUACACUUUAAACAUAAGCACAGAUAUUGGAAACAGUGGCCCUCUUCAGUGGUGGCUGGUUUUAUGUUUGGCAGCCUGCUGGUUAAUUGUGUUCAUUUGUACAGUACGAGGAAUUGAAUCGACUGGAAAGGCAAUAUAUUUCACAGCCACAUUUCCUUACCUAAUUCUAACAAUAUUCCUUAUUUAUGGACUGACUCUCCCAGGAGCCAUUCACGGAUUAGUCUACUUCAUGACUCCUAAUCUCAAGAAGAUCAAAAAUCCACGUGCCUGGCUUGAUGCAGCCACCCAGAUUUUUUUCUCUCUUUCUUUAGGAUUAGGCGGACUCAUAGCAUAUUCAAGCUACAACCCGUCAAAUAAUGACUGUGAACUGGAUGCUGUCAUGAUAGCAUCAAUAAACUCUCUGACGUCUUUGUUUGCGUCAAUCCCAAUUUUUUCGAUUCUGGGGUACAAAGCAAAAAUGGCCCAUGAAGAAUGCUUGGCAAGCAUAGAACGCAAAGUAUAUAAUCCUGCAUGUUCCAUGUGCAUAUUCAUUAAUUCAGGUAUACAGGCAACUCCCUUUUUGUGUGGAGGUUGUGUUCCGGGUCAGUCGUUGUGCAUAAACCUGUUCUGCCCCUGGCCUGCCCCUAUUCAAAGCAAAUUGCUGUUGUUUUUGUUAGGGACUGUGGCAAUGCAAAUAAUUUGUAUCAUUCCUGAUUUUACCGACAGAAAUGUUAAAUACAUCACCAAGGUAUUCAGGAACGACAACAUCACUGUAGACAGUGGCGUAUUUUGGCUCAGUUACUUGAACGGAACAGAUAUCAAUAAACUUGCAGCUCUCAACCAGACAAAUUGUGAUCUCCAGCAUUUCCUUGAUCAGAGUGUUUCUGGAACCGGCUUGUCCUUUAUUGUGUUCACUGAAAUCAUGCUUAAGAUGCCUGGAACGAACAUUUGGGGGAUUCUGUUUUUUUUCAUGCUGUUCAAUCUUGGUAUAUCUUCCAUGUUUGGACUUGUUCAAAGUGUCUUGACGCCUCUCACAGAAUCUCAUAUUGUGUCUAGAUACAUACGCAAGGAGGUUGUAUGCGGUUUAAUAUGCCUUACUGCCUUUCUGCUGGGCUUGGUUUUUACUCUGAGAUCAGGAAGCUACUGGCUUGAGAUGGUUGACUCCUAUGUGGCGACCUUGCCUUUGCUCAUCAUUGCUUUAUUUGAAGUGGUCGGUAUUGUAUUUAUUUAUGGAAUGAAAAGAAUCAGUGCAGAUGUGGAAGAUAUGACAGGAAGACCACUAAACUGUUAUUGGAAGGCAACGUGGCAAUUUUUCUCUCCAGGGAUAAUGUUCAUGAUUUUUGUGUCCUAUGUACUUCUUGAGGCACCUUCAAGCUACAAUACGUGGAAUCCUAAUUAUGUAAAUUUUCCUGCAAAAGAAUCAAAAAAGUACCCUACCUGGGCUGUCACCAUCUCUAUCAUGCUGGAAAGUGUACCAUGUUUGAUGAUCCCUUUUGGAGCCAUUUACCAACUUUGGAGAAUCGUACUGAAAAAGAAACAGCUACAAAUAACACAUCCAGACACCAGCACUGGUAGCACCUGA